UUCCGUGACUGUGUGGUGCUAUAGUUACUGAUUUGAAAAGGUAAUUCUGCUACUAGUUGUACACAGAGCUUUGAAACCAAGAUGUCCGCUGUCUUAGAUGAGUUUUUUGUUCGAUAUGGAAAGCUCCACCGGGCAAUCACUAACAGGACAGUCGAAUGUAACGGGUAUCAUUGAUUCUGGAAUUUCUGUAAACUUGCUUCUGCUCGGCGAAAAUUUGGUGGAAAAGGCUUUUGAAGAAGCCUUAGAAGUGGUUCGUGAAUACAACUAUAGCGAGGUUUUAUCAAAUACCAGUAAACAACUCAGAGACAGUGAAGUAAAUAAAUCAAUUAAUGAGCCUGGAUUGAAUAUGGACAACUUUAACGUUGCACAGACAGAAGAACAGAGAAAGGAAGCUACUGAAGCUACUGAUGACGAGUUUGAUGUAGUUGAUGCUGCACAAAUUUCAAACUUUCCUGCAAGCAACAUAAAGAUAAGUGAGAGCCCUUUGACAGGAAUGCAAGAUCAGUCUAAGGAUAAAAAUAUUAAGGGAUCAGACUCCAUCAUUCCUCAAAUAGAGGUUGACACUGUAACUACACUUAGUGGUUCAAGUGCUGAAGAGGGCAAUGGCAAGGAAGAGAAAAAGAGGAAGAAAUUAAGAAAGAAAAAACAAACAGGAUCAGGAGGAUCAGAGCAAGAUGAUGAUGACAAAGAUGAGCUGAAAGAUCAAAUUGAUAAACUGAAAAAAGAAAAUGAGAACAUGAAAAAGGACAUUGAAAGUUUGUCAAAGGAAAAAUUGUCUUUAGAGGAGAGACUGGGGGAGGAAAGUAGCAAGAGAGCAAAUGAAAAUGAUGAGCUGAAAAAUGAGCUAGAUAAAUUAAGGAGAGAGAAUGAAAGAAUGAAAUGGGAAAAAGAAAGUUUGUCAAAGGAAAAAUCAUCAUUGGAGGAUAAACUUGGAGAGGAAGAUAGCAAGAGAGCGGAUGAAAAAGAUGAGAUGAAGGUUGAAUUUGAUAGACUAACGAGAGAACAUGAAAACAUGUCACAGCAAAUUGAAAGUUUGUCAAAGGAAAAAUCAUCUUUGGAGGCAGAACUCAAUGAGGAAAGGAGGAAGGAAGAGGAUAAAGACAAAGUUAUCAAGGAACUUGAAAUUAAAUUAGACAGCUUAAAAAAAGAGAAUGAAAACCUGACAGAGAAAAACUUGUCCUUGGAGAAAGGCAUAGAGGAAAAAAAGGAUAAAGUAAAGGCACUUACAGAUCAACUACAACAAGAAAGAGAAGUCCAUGAACAAGCUAUUACAAACCAGACACCUGAAAAAGAUCAGCUUGUUACUCAACUAAAAGAAGAAAUUUCCAAACUUCAAGUCCGAAUUACAGAACUAGAAAAUGGCCUAGAAAAUGCUCAAAAAGAAAAGGAAGAAACAAUUUCUUCAUCAAAAGAGAAAGUUAAACAACUUGAAGCUGAGAACAGAAGUAAGGAACAACAGCUAGAGGGUGCCAAGGAGGAUGUGAACAGGUCAAUGACUUCUUUGCGUGAUCAAGAAGAGAUGGCUAGUGGCCUGAAAGAAGAGAAUGAAUUUCUUAAGAGUCGAGUUUCUUCCCUGGAAGAAGAAAUUAAAAAAAGCAAGGAAGAACUAGAAAAAGCGCAGGAAAAAGAACGAAAGGUUCUUCUACAAGAAAAAUCCAAACUUCAGAAGGAACUGAACAAUGCUAAAACUCACAGUAGUCAUCUAGAGAAUGCUGUUCAGAAGCUCAAGAAUGAGAAGACUGAGUUGCAAGAGAAGAAUGGAAAACUGGAAGAUGAGCAGAGAUCAUUAGCUGAUCAGAAAAUUACGAAAGAAUCUCAGAUAAAACUGCAAGAAAGGAUCCAGGAGCUGGAGGUUAAGGUGACCAAACUCAAUGGCGAUAAAAGAAAGGUUAAAGCAGAUUAUGAAGAGGCUGUGAAAGCUUUGGAAGCUGUAGACAAAGUGUAUCGUGUCAGAGAGGAUACUCUAGAAAAAUACAAAGCCGACUAUGAAGAUGCCAUGGACUUGAUUAAAAAAAAGGAAAAAGAGAAUGCUAAGCUGGAGAGUGAUCUUUCAAAAAAUAAAGAGAAGCUUACAAGAGCUCUGGAAUACAGAGCAGAUCGAGAAGAACUCAAAGAUCAAAUUAGGAGAAGUAAACAGGCAAUUGAGUCACAGAAAGAGGAAGUAGAGCAGGCCAGGAAAGACUUAGAUGAGGAAAGACACACAUUGAGGAUGGCACAGGCCAGAGCUCAGGAGAAGGGAAGAAAAAUUCAAAUUUUAAAUCUGGAGCUCACUGAAGUCAAGGACACCUUGCAGAUUGCCAGGAAUGUUAUUGAUGAAAAAGAAAAGAACAUGAAAAGUUUAAGAGAAAGUUUGGAAACUGAGAAAGAAUUAAGGGUCAAGCUGGAAAAGGAACUAGACAUCAAGUCACAUAUUGAGAAGAAACUGAAAUUUACAGAGGAGGAGAAACAUAGAGUUGAAUGUCGGCUGAAAAACACUGAACUGGAGUUAAAGGAAAGUGAGACAAGUCUGGAACAAUCAAAUAGCAAGAGAAAAGAACUGGACCAGAACAUAGAGAACUUACAAAAUGACAAAAAGCAACUCAACAGUCAACUUGAAGGAAAAUCAGCUGAAAUAUCAACCUUGACUGGACGCAUCAAAGAGCAAGAAAAAAACUUAGGUGAAAAGUUCAUGGAAAUAGUACGGCUUCAAAGUGUAGUUGAUGACCUUAAAGACCAGCUUGAGGACGUGUUGAUAUCUUAUCAGAAUGACCGUGACUGGUGGAAGCACAGAGCUGACAAAGUGUUGGGGAAGAGACCUAAAAGCGCCCCACCCAAGAGGAGGCCAGGCAGUGAAUUUCAAAGUGGUGGAUCAAGUUUAGUACGUAGACGCCUUGCGCACAAAAUGGGUCCACCGUGUUUGAACCAAAGUUACAUUAAUAGCUCGCAUAAGAUUGGACGGAUGAGACCUGUACCCGCAGGAGAAGAACAAACACCUCAAGUCACAAACGGUGAUCUUGCUGAUGGCGGGCCAGGACAUCAUUCAGCACCGGAGACCACCCCUAGACCUCCAAGUGCUUCUCCUUCAGACAGGCCGAGACCGAAACGUCCCAUGUCGUCAUAUGGUGUAAGGUCACACACACCUCUCCUGACUUGGUCACGUGAUACAGCGGGAUACCACAGCGACCUGGGUGGUAUUUCGGAGGGAACCGGUCUUAAUGGUUACGAUGCUGAUGAUGAAGUUUUCUCUUCGGGUAGUGUCCAUAAAGGAGACAAAGUUAUGAUACAAAGUAGAGUAACUGGAGAAGAAAAGAUGAACUUGACAGGAAUGGUGAAGUACGUCAGCAAAUUUGAUAGCGGUGGGAGUAUAUUUGUAGGACUCAAAAUUGAUCACCCAGGAGCUUUUGGUGGUCAGGAAUAUAGCAGAGUGAAGCUGUCAGACAUACAUGCUGUUAUGAAUCCUCGUGUAGACUCGUAACUUCUCUCGCAUCAGACCUAUGACAUUUGACUAAAUGCAAUACCCACACUGACGGCCAGUCAUGGAAUACUAUUUUGCAAUUGAUGCAUGAAGUCCCAUUGCAAGAGCGCAAGUCGACCGAAGGAAUCAUCUGCCAUUCAAAAUAGUUAGUGUUAACCCUUCACACCUUAACGUCAGUAUCCAUAUUCUCCAUACUCGUGUCUAUACAUUUCCUUAGAAACUGACAAGGAGAAUUGGUUUAACAAUCAAAGCUACUUAGUUUGGCGAUCAUUUCUUCAAUUCUCAUGAUCCUAAUGAAUGAUUCACCAGUAUUAUUGCAGAGAGAAAUUAUAUGCUAGUCACUCGUAGAGUUUAAAGGAUUUAAGAGGCAUUUACUGCUCUUCUCCCAUUUCACUUUGACCUUCUUUACAGACGCUAAGCAAACAAUUGUGUUCAUCAGUAGAUCCCAAUUAUUUCUUAUAUAAGAAUGUUCUAACUAUUCAUGCAUUUGAAUGUUUUCUCACAAAAAAUAUUUUUUUGGUAAAUCAAAUUUUAUAAAAUCGACAAAUCAUUUCAAUAUUAUUUUUUUUUUUUGGUAUCUGAUAUUUUUACUGUGAUAGAGCUUUCAAUUAUGAAAUGACCAACGAUUUGAACGUUUUUUUCACCAACUAUAUAGAGUGUAGUAUUAAAACGAAAAUAGUGUUUAAUUUGUACGUGUAUAUAGUGCCGGAUAAUUUGAUGAACUUAUAUAGCCGUGUGACAGUUGCAAAUGUGUAAAGUAUUUUUCUAGCUAUUACAAUUAGAUAUGCCCAUAAAUUUACAUUUAAUCUUUAACUUGAUUUUAUAAUACC